CCACAUAUCUGGCAACGCUGCCCUUUCUGCUCGUUGCACCAACUUGUCACCAAAGAUGGCGAUUUGCUGAGUGCUCAUGGAUGAUACACACAUUUCACGGCUAGUUGUUAUCAUACCCGAAACUCCAACUUUAAAAACGGAUUAAGGCUUUACGGGCAGCAGUUUCUCCGUUCGAAGCACGCCAGUCACCGCUACAAUGCAGAUCACACUAAAAACACUGCAACAGCAGACUAUUCAAAUUGAGAUAGACCCCGAGCAAACGGUGAAGGCAUUGAAAGAGAAAAUAGAAGCAGAAAGAGGAAAAGAUAACUUUCCUGUAUCUGGGCAAAAGCUGAUAUAUGCUGGCAAAAUCCUGCAAGAUGACACGCCUAUAAAAGAUUACAAAUUGAUGAGAAGAAUUUGUAGUAGUGAUGGUGUCCAAGGCUAAGCCUGCAGCUGCUGCCUCGCUCCACCCUCAGAAGUACCCAAGCCUCCUGUCCAGGACUCUGGCUCCACAUCUACAGCUGUCCCAGCUUCCAGCCCUGCCCCUGCCCCAGCCUUAACUCCAGCAGCUGUCCCCAUUCCUCCUGAGGAGGCCAAAGAGGAGCCAAGUGCUGCAGCCACAGAACCACAACAACCAGCCAG